CCUGGCCUCUCCCCCUCCCGCGCUCUCUGUCGGCGCCGCCAUUUUGGAGCUGAGGGGAGGCCGCGAAGCCGCGAGUCCCGGCGGAGGGAGAGCGAGGCAGGCCGGCCGGCCCAGGAGGCGCCUCGGGAUUCCCUCCACCUCCGCCCCAGGCAAAAACAGCAACUAAAGGUAAACUGAGAUCAAUGGAAGGUGUUCUCGAAGUGGAGUCCUCUGUUGAACCAAGAAGCCAGAUGUACCUCUGUCUGUGGCGAAGGUCUUGCUUUUGAAACAAGGUUUGCACAAGAGGUCGGUGCUCACACUCACCAUGUUCUGGAAAUUUGACCUGAACACCACGUCGCAUGUUGACAAGCUGCUGGACAAGGAGGAUGUGACUCUGCCCGAGCUGAUGGACGAAGAUGACAUCCUCCAGGAGUGCAAAGCGCAGAACCACAAGCUGGUGGACUUCCUGUGUCAGCAGCACUGCAUGGAGGAGCUGGUCAGCCUCAUCACCCAUGAGCCCCCACUGGACAUGGACGAGAAGGUCCGCUUCAAGUACCCCAACACAGCCUGUGAACUAUUGACGUCUGAUGUGCCGCAGAUCAACGACAGGCUCGGAGGGGAUGAGGCCUUGCUGAACAUCCUCUACGACUUCCUGGACCACGAGCCACCCUUGAACCCUUUGCUUGCCAGUUUCUUCAGCAAGACCAUCGGCAACCUCAUCGCCAGGAAGACGGAGCAGGUGAUUUCAUUUUUGCGGAAGAAAGCCAACUUCCUCGACUUGGUACUGAAGCAUAUUGAUACGUCUGCCAUGAUGGACCUCCUCUUGCGACUCAUCAGCUGCGUGGAGCCAGCUCCGCUGAGGCAGGAAGUACUAAACUGGCUGAAUGAAGCACGGAUCAUCCAGCAGCUUGUGGAGCUGAUCCGCCCUGACCAGGAUGAGGAUAGGCAGUCCAACGCUUCCCAGACCUUGUGCGACAUCAUAAGGCUCAGCAGGGACCAGAGCAGCCAGUUCCAAGAGGUGGCUGAGCCCGACCCACUCCUGGCAGCUCUGGAGUCGCAGGAAUGUGUGGAGCAGCUUCUGAAGAACAUGUUUGAUGGCGAGCAGACGGAGAGCUGCCUUGUGAACGGGACUCAGGCGCUGUUGACGUUACUGGAGCCGAGGCGCACCAGUGUGGAGGGGCUGGUGGACUCUUUCUCUCAGGGAUUCGAAAGGUCUUGCACUGUCAAUAGCAGCAUCCUGGGGGGCAUUGAACCGCGGCUGAAGGACUUCCACCAGCUGUUGCUGCACCCACCCAAGGCGGCAUCCAUUCUGACGACCAUCGGAGUCUUGGAAGAGCCGCUGGGCAAUGCUCGCCUCCAUGCUGCCCGCUUGGUUGCUGCCCUUCUGCACACCAACACGCCCAGCAUUAACCAGGAGCUGUGCCGGCUCAACACCAUGGACCUGCUGCUGGACCUGUUUUUUAAGUACACGUGGAAUAAUUUUUUGCAUUUCCAAGUGGAAUUGUGCAUCGCAGCGAUCCUGGCCCAUUCUGUGAAUGAAGGCAAACUGGCCCCAAGUGAGGCGGAAGGGAAGGAGGGAGCGGACGGGAGCGCAGCCUCGGGGAACUCGGAAGCCCCGGAGAACAGCAGCAGCUGCUGUCGCGAGAACAUCAUGGUGACCCACCUGUUCCAAAAGUGCUGCCUGGUCCAAAGGAUACUGGAUGCCUGGGAGACCAACGACAAAAUGCAGGCAGAAGGCGGAAUGAGGCGAGGCAACAUGGGCCACCUGACGCGGAUAGCCAACGCAGUGGUGCAGAAUAUGGAGAAGGGCCCCGUCCAGACCCAGAUCAGCGACUUUGUCCGAGGGCUGCCUGAAGAUUGCAGAGGGCGGUGGGAGAGCUUUGUGGAGGAAACGCUGAUGGAGGCCAACCGGAGGAAUACGGUCGACUUGGUGAGCACGCACCACCUGCACUCCUCCAGCGAGGACGAGGACGCGGAGGGAGCCUUCCCCAACGAGCUCUCUCUCCAGCAGGCCUUCUCGGAGUACCAGAUCCAGCAGAUGACAGCCAACUUUGUGGAUCAGUUUGGCUUCAACGAUGAAGAGUUUUCCGACCAGGAUGACAACAUCAACGCACCUUUUGACAGGAUUGCGGAGAUCAACUUCCACAUUGAUGCCGACGAUGACAGUCCCAACGCUUCCCUGUUUGAAGCCUGCUGCAGCGAACGAAUCCAGCAGUUUGAUGACAACGAGGAAGAGGAAGACAUCUGGGAGGAGAAAGAAAUAAGCUACACCGCCCAAGUCAAGUCCAGGACGCGGUUUGGCAUUUCUGGCACGUCAGAGGGAUCCUCCAAAAGUGACCUGGAGAACGGAGGCCACGAAGGCAGCCCAGACUCUGGGGAGGAGGAGUCCGAACGGGCUGCUGUGCCACAGCCGUCGCCUCCUGCACACACCGAGGGCAACGGCAGCCUCCCGGAGGGCAGAGGGGCAACAGAGCCCCCUCCUGAAGGGUCUGGGUGGGCGACUGCCUUUGAGCCAGUGAACGCCAAGGGCCCAACGUCAUGUGUGGCCAUGGAUGUCGGAUCCAGCGUGUGGGACUCUGCCACCCCAGACGCAAAGACCCCGGAAGAGAGAGGCUGGGCCAAGUUCACAGACUUCCAGCCCUUUUGCUGCUCAGAGGCCGGGCCCAGGUGCAGUUCCCCCGUGGAUCCCGAGAGCAGUAAUUCGGAAGGGAAGCCCAAGCAAAUCCAGGACAAGAACUUCAGCGCUGCCUCUCCUUGCGUGUGGAACGUCUGCGUGGCACGGAAAGCGCCUCUGGUGGCCUCAGACAGCAGCUCCUCUGGCGGCUCGGACAGUGAGGAAGAGGAGGAGAAGGCGGGUGUUGUCACGGAAACCAUCAGCACAGGCUCAGGCCAGGAGACCAUCAAGCUGACCAUGGAUGCCAAGAACGAGAAGGCGCUCUUUACCAGAAUAAUAAGGCCUGGCGCUGGAGGCAUGGGGGCCUCCCAGGUCGCAGACAAGCCCCCCAGCACCGUGGAGAGUGGAUCCCCCCAGCCCUUGAGCAGCAGCACUGCCCCUGCUGCCAUCAUGCCGCCUGAGGGUCUCCUGCCGGGUUCUCCUGCCCCUGCUGCUGCUGCCACCCCAGAGGCCAAGAGAGACAGGACAGAGGAGCCGCUGCCGGGAGGAGAGCCCACCUUGAACGGUCCGGCCUGACAGACUUCCUGGGCCCAGACGGUGGGGAUGCAGCUGGCCCUCCUUCGGACAACCUAAUUUAAUUUUGAAUCACAAAUGCUGCGUUGUCGAGAGGACUGGCGCUCGAGAGCCGAGGUGCCGCAUCAGGGUGGCCACCCUGUUCUGAGAGGAGGCCCUCCCUGUGCAGUUGACAUGUAGCAUUGGCCAGUGGCCGCCCAGGUGUCCUGCCUCCGCCCCCCAACGGACGCCGCCUCCUGCACCGCAGCGUCCCUGGCACACUCUGGGGUGGGCGUCCUGCCCCGCCCCCUUGUCUUCUUGCUUCCAGGAUCCAGCUUCUCUUCUGGAGGGCAGGAGCUGCUCCGCGGACACUGGGACAGCCUUUUGUAUAGCAAUAAUGCCUUAGCGGAAACGUUGGCUGGCAAGAGGAAGCAGGAGGGUCCCGGAGGCAGCGGCCGGAAGGCAGGGUCUUCUCGCCACACUGUUUUUCUUACUGUUUCAGGGAAGGAGCCUCUGCUUGGCCUUGCCUGCUCUUUUUCCGAAGGCACCACGCCAGCCCCUGGGAUUGGGGCUGCUGGCGCUGGGCUCUGGGGGAGGAAGCAGCAGCCUCCCCCUAGAAGGAACUGGGGCACUGGCCGGGCAUCUCCGGAGGGUCAGAGAGGCUCCUGGAAGCGGGUCGCUUUCCCCCGAUGGGAUGGGCUCCGCUCUGUUUUGUAAUGUUGUUAAUGGAUGCAGGAAUUGCAACACUUUGCACUUUGAAUCUCUUGCCAGCCUUGGAGGUCGGAGGCAGCGGCGGCAGCUCCCCUCAGGCUGGGCUCCUCUUGUUACUGCCGGGCAAGUUGGCAGGAGGGGAGGGAGAGGCUUGGCCCAAUGGCUGCUCUUCCUCCUCCUUUCAGCCAUGGCAGAAUCUGGCGUCUGCCCUGUGCCCUGGCUGUGCCCUGGGAGGGGACUUAGGAACUGCCUUCAGCCAGGGGGCAUCUGGGGGGGGGGAGCCACUCUCUGUUUAUCUUCAGUGGCUGCUUGCUGGUUGCCAGUAACAGCUGAGCUGGAAAAUCGGGCCCUGGGGAGUCCCUGGGACUGACGAAAGCAGCUUCUAGGCUGAUUUGAAGGUCUGGCUCUGUUCUGGUGGGUCUCUCCCCUCAAAAAAACAAGAAGCCACCACCAAUUUGCUUUUGGAAAUACUCUUCCUUAAAAUGUGGGACUGUGACUCCCCGUUAUUCUGCACAUUGUGAAAUAUUUCCAUUGAGGCCAAGGGCGGCUUCCUCCUGCUUCUUCAGCUGCUCCAAUUUGGGCUUCUGUGACGUCAGGGCACCUGUGGCAUCAACUCCUGGGGGGAAAGAGUUGUGGGAGGGGACACACCACUGUGCUGCUUGGGCAAACCGCCCCCUUCCCAUGUAGCUCAGCCUUUCCAUCUGGGGGUCAGGGGUCAGUCAGAUGCGGUUGGAUUCCCUUUCUGAAAAAACCAGGCUGUGGCUACCUUGGAAAUCCUGGGACGUAUCCUGGUCUCCCCCUCUCAAAAAGGAUUGAGGGAGAGGUCCUGUAAAUGGGCCCCCAAGGGAGGGGCUGCCCCCGAAUAGGGAUGGCGAUUCCAUCUAGCAAUUGUGGCCAAGUUGAGUGGAGCAAGAGGCCUCUGUGGCUGCCCCCCCCCCACCUUCCUUGUGGAAUGAGGGCUAUGGGGAGGGACAGGGUUGGGUUCUGCCCCCUUCCCCCUCGAUCCGGGCGGCCCAACUCUUCAUCCCGAGUGGGCCACGAGUACUUCAACAUGAAACCUGUGGGCCGCACACUGCCUUGUCGCUUGGGGUGGGGGAAAGUGAGGCCAAACUUUGAGGGGGGGCCCAUCACUUGCUGCCUUCCCAAAGCCAGCUAAGUGAGGCAACAGGCUUUGGGAAGGAGGUACAAGGCUCUGGCAGGGUCCUAGAGCGCGCCCCCCCCUUCCCAAGGCUGAGAACGCA